UCCUCUUUAGUAUAAAGUUGAAGCCUCGUAGGAAAACAUAAUAUAGCUUUGAAGCUUCAGGAGAUGGAUUCUAGGCUUCUAGAGGCAAUUAGGAUAAAAGACACACCCACUUUGAUCAGUUUAUUUCAAGCAAAUGAAGGAAUUCUUGAGCAAAGAACAACUGAUUCCUUGGACACUGCAUUACACCUUGCUUCGAUGUUAGGACACGUUGACAUGGUAUCCGAAAUUGUUAAGUUGUGUCCUGACUUGGUUGCAGCAGAAAACAAGAAGCUUGAGACUCCAAUACAUGAAGCUUGUCGCCUAGGGAAGGCAGAGGUCUUGAAGCUGCUAUUAGAGGCCAAUCCAAUGGCAGCCUCUAAGGUCAACUCUGAAAACAAGAGUGCGUUUUUCAUAGCUUGUAGUAAUGGCCAUUAUGACGUGGUGAAACUCCUCUUAAAUAAUACCGGGAUGAGAAGUUUAGAGGAAAAUGUGUUUGAUCAAAUUUGUAUCCAUGUGGCUGCAUAUAAAGGACAUACUGAUGUUGUUAGGGAGUUACUAGAUGCGCGUCCCAACUUUGCUCUAAUGAUUGAUGAGAAUGGAAACUUGCCAUUGCAUUAUGCUUGCAUCCGUGGACACACGGAUAUAACCUGGAUGCUCCUAAGCUGUGAUGCAAAUCUGGCUCUGCACUAUAACAACAAUGGUUUUACACCACUGCAUAUGGCAUCAAUGCAUGGCAGAGUUUCAGUCCUUGAAGAAUUUGUUAAGAUGGCUUCGGUAUCUUUUCAUUAUGCCACAUAUGAGGGAGAGUCAGUGUUUCAUCUGGCUGUGAGAUAUGGUCAAUAUCAUGCUCUAGUGUACUUAGUGCAUGUCUCCAAUGGUACAAAUCUCAUGCACUGUCAAGAUCGAAAUGGUAACACCAUUUUACAUGCCGCAGUUUCUGUUGGGCACCAUCAGAUAGUGGAGUACUUGAUCAACGAAACAAAAGUGGAGAUUAAUUCUCUGAACUUUCAAGGACUCACAGCACUUGACAUCCUCAACAAGGCUAAGAAAAAUAAAGAAAUUCGGCGACUUAAAUCCAAGUUCAUUAAAGCUGGUGGUAAAAGCAGUAUCAAGUUGUUAUCUUGUUCACCAGAAGUAGAUAGAACCAAUGAUCAGCUGCCUAUUAUACGUAAGAAUUCUUCAUGGCAGGGUUGCAUAGAUGAUGAUUUGGAUGUGUCUUAUGAAUGCAAGUGCUCACCUAGAUUAAGCAAGGGAACCAACUCUAGAACAUCAUCACCAUGCGACCGAGUUGGAGAGACAUUUUGCAAUGAAACAUAUAAACAAGAGUCCUUAUCCCCAACCAAUAUGCGACAACACAAGCAUCUUAUCAGAAGGCACCGGGAAAAUAUAGGUGACGUUUACCGAAAUAAGCAGCAUGAAAAAAUAUAUAUGGAAGCCUUACAAAAUGCUAGGAACACUGUAACACUUGUUGCCAUUUUGAUUGCUACAGUUACUUUUGCUGCUGGAAUUAGCCCUCCCGGUGGAUUUUAUCAGGAUGGAGAAAUGAAAGGGAAGUCAAUACUUGGUAGAACAACAGCUUUCAAGGUCUUUGCAAUAAGCAACAACCUUGCAUUGUUUAGCUCUCUAUCCAUAGUGGUUGUUCUUGUCAGCAUCAUCCCCUAUCAGAGGAAGCCACAGAUGAGACUCUUGGUGGUUGCUCACAAGGUCAUGUGGGUAGCUGUGGCAUUCAUGACAACAGGUUUUGCUGCAGCCACAUGGAUGAUCAUUCCUCACAGUCAAGGGACAGAAUGGGUGUUUGUCACACUAAUAGCAAUAAGCAGUGGCACCCUGGGAGCAAGUUUUAUCGGCCUAGGUGUGAUGCUGGUUAAGCACUGGCUGUGGAAACGGAAGUGGAGAAAACAAAGAAAGGAUAGAGGGGAGGGUGUUGACAUAGAAAGUCAAAUUUCGGAUGUUGAGAGCACAUACCGUCAAGGAUAUCACUCAUACUGAACGUUUAAUGUAGUGGUAACAAUGAAGGAUUUUCUUACA